AUGAAUUUAAAUUUAAGUUACUCAGUAUUUCAGAAAACCGAAAGACAGUAUCCCGAAAUAUUUAAUAUUCCUUACUAUAAAAUGGUCGAGAAAUACUUUCAACUUUUGGGACAAGAUCCACGUCAAAAAAGUAAAUUCAGAAAUUGUAUAGUAACAGUGGUGGUGAUUAGUAUUUCAAGCAAUAUUGUUCCAACGUCAAUAGAGUUAUAUACAUCGUUAUGUGACAAGAAUAUGGACGCAGUGAUCGAGGGUCUACCACACUUUAUCGCAGCUACCAUUAGUGCCGUUAAAAUAUUAAAUAUAUAUUUCUAUAGAGAAAACUUUGACAAAUUAUUUCAAUUUGUGGCAAAUGAAUGGGACAAGCUGAAAUUAAAUAAUGAAUUGCAUAUUCUUGAUAACACUAUUGUACAAGGAAACAAAAUGGCGCAAUUAUACCGAAGUGCAUUAUUAACAGCUCUGGUAUUGUUCUUACUGAUUCCAUUACUUUCUCCCAUAUUAGACAUCGUUCUUCCAUUAAAUGAAACUCGACCACGACAACAACUGCUCAAAGUUAAUUAUUUAUUUUUUAACGAUGAUAAUUAUUUUUUCUAUGUAUAUUUGCAACUUGCUUGGGGAUCAAUCAUGGUUGUAGUAACCAUAGUUGCCGUAGAUUCAUUGUUGAUUCUUAUAAUUCAUCAUUGCAGCGGAUUAUUUACAGUUUGUGGAUAUCAAGUACAAAAAAUAACAGAAAAUGCAAAAUCACUCAAUGAAAUUGUUUCAAAUAAUUACACAUACGAACAAAUCAGGAAUUGUGUGAUCACACACGAUGAAGCUAUCCAGUUUUAUAAUAUUCUAAAUGAAAGUAAUCGAAAUAGUUAUCUUAUUCAAGUUGGAUUAAAUAUGUUGGCCAUAAGCGCGACAGCUGUCCAAGCAGUUGUAAAUUUGGAUAGACCAGAGGAAGCAAUUAGAAGCGCUGUAUUUUGUGGGGCUAAUCAAUUCCAUUUAUUCGUACUCAGUUUACCUGGACAAGUACUCUUGGAUCAUUGUUCUGAGUUUUCAAAUAACAUAUACAAUUCUAUAUGGUAUAGAGUACCUGUGCGAAUUCAAAAAGUACUCUACGUAAUGCAAAUAAGGAGUAAGAAAUUAUGUACGUUGUCGGCAGGUGGAUUAUAUGAAAUGAAUAUAGAAAAUUUCGGAAUAACCUUUAAAACGUGUAUGUCGUAUUUCACAAUGAUAAUGUCUUAUUCAGUAUUUCAGAAGACCAGAAACAAAUGUAUCAAUAUAUUUGAUAUUCCUUAUUAUAAAUUGCUCGAGAAAUAUAUGAAAUUUUUGGGACAAGAUCCACGCCAAAGAGAUGGAUUCAGAAAUAUUAUUGUAAUUACAAUGGUGACUAGUAUUUCUGGUAUUCUUAUUCCAACGUCAUUAGAAUUAUACACAUCAUUAUGUGAUAAAAAUAUGGAUGCAGUGAUCGAGUGUCUACCCCAUUUGAUCGCGGCUGCAACAAGUGUUGUUAAACUUUUGAAUAUUCAUUUCAACAGAGAAAAUUUUAAAAAAUUGUUUGAAUUUAUAACAAAAGAAUGGGAAAAGUUUGAGUUAAAUAAUCAAUUUCAUGUUCUUGAAGAAAUUACCAUAAAAGGUAGUAAAAUGGCACAGUUAUAUCGAACAAACAAGUGAAUCAAUCUUUUAUCCUUUAUCUUUUCAGAUACAUUAUUAUCCUUUAUGGUAUUAUUUUUACUCGUACCAUUAAUUUUUCCUCUUCUGGAUAUUAUUCAUCCAUUAAAUGAAACUCGACCGAGACAGCAAUUAUUUAGAGUUAAUUAUUUGAUAUUUAACCAUAAUGAUUACUUUUUUUAUAUAUAUUUGCAGUUAGCUUGGGGAUCUAUCAUUGUUGUGAUGAUCAUAGUUACUAUAGAUUCGUUGUAUAUGAUUAUAAUUCAUCACAGCAGCGGAAUGUUUGCGAUGUGUGGGUAUAAAGUUCAAGAAGCGACCAGAUAUCCAAAUCUAUUCAAUGAUAGAAUUAUUUCAGAAAAUUACACGUAUGAACAGCUUAAAAAUUGCAUAACCACUCACGAUAAAGCCCUUCAAUUUUACAAUAUUCUGAACGAAAGCAGUCGAAAUAGUUAUUUAAUUCAAGUUGGAUUAAAUAUGAUGGGUAUAAGCGUGACAGCAGUCCAAACAGUCGUAAAUCUAGAUAAACCGGAAGAAGCGAUUAGAACUGCUAUAUUUCUUGGAGCUGAACAAUUUCAUUUGUUUGUAAUCAGCUUACCUGGACAAGUACUUCUGGAUCAUUGUACAGAAUUGGCAAAUAAUAUAUAUAGUUCUACAUGGUAUGGAAUACCAGUAAAAAUUCAGAAAGUACUCCACAUGAUGCAAAUAAGGAGUAAAAAACCGUGUUCAUUGACAGCGGGCGGAUUAUACGAAAUGAACAUGGAAAAUUUCGGAAUAACCUUUAAAACUUGCAUGUCAUAUUUCACGAUGUUAAUGUCAUUAAAAAAAUAA